AUGCCAGCCAACCAAUCAGCACGACACCAAAAACGAUCUCGGCUCAGUGAUGUAGCCUCCGAGAAAUCUGCUCAUCCUGAUGAAGAGCGAUCCAAGAGGCGCAGAGUCUCCGGGGACAUUGGUAAUCUGAAAUCUCAGAAGGAGGACCCAGUCGAUGAGGCAAAGGACGGUAUCAAUGGCGAAGCCCAGAUACAGGACGUGGACAUGGUGGAAAAAAGCCCCGCGCCGUGGUCAUUCUCUCGUCCUGUAGGCGGCAAAUAUAACAACCUGGAUCCAAUCUUGACGGACGAUGAGGCAUAUCUCUUAGUCGGUCUCGACACGGCUGUCCAAGUCUUUGUAACCGCCACUUCCCGCCUGUCGCGCACUUUGCAAAUGGAGGCUGGUCAAAAGAUCGUUGGAUUCAGUAUUUGUCCAGAAGAUCAAGAAACCCUAUUUGUUUUCACGUCUUCGGGCUCUAUCAGCAAGUGGAAUUGGAGUUCUGGAAAACGCAUUACUCGUUGGGAAACUACCUCAACAACCGUCGCAACAAGUUUGGCCUCUAUUGAAAACGAAGGAAACAAAACCACCAUCUCUUUUUCCAUCACAUCGCAAAAAGAUGGCAAAAGGCAGAUUUCGAUCAGUGCACUGGGGGACAAGAAGAUUGAAGGCACCACAGUCCUCGAAACCAGCCAGAGGCUUCAUAACAUCAAGGUUACUCCUGAUGGCCGCGUUAUCGUUGCCAGUGAUGGACAGCAUCUGUUUAUGGGUACCACAAGCAGCGCAGAGCUCGGAAAUCUUGAGACCCUUCAGUACAAUUGGCGUGAGGCCACCCUACCGGUGAAUUCCACUUGUUUUGAUAUCCGAGGAUCAGACUUGAUUGAUCUGGCGGUAGGAGAGAGUGGUGGUUCCAUUCUGAUCUAUCAGAAUGUUUUGAACACUCUCUUUGGCAAAGAAACUAGCGAUAAGAAGUCUUCCCCCAGGAAGUUGCAUUGGCACCGAGGAUCUGUCAACACUGUUCGUUGGUCUAAGGAUGGCAAUUAUAUUAUAUCAGGUGGCCAGGAAUCAGUUAUGGUUCUCUGGCAAUUGGACACUAGUCGGAAGCAAUUCCUCCCUCAUCUUUCUUCUCCCAUCUGCAACAUUGUCGUCUCUACUAGCGGUAGCUCUUACGUUAUCAAAUUGGCUGAUAACUCGAUCCUGGUCAUGUCGACAAGAGAACUGCAGCCACUUGCCACUAUCACCGGAUUGCAGCUGUGCCCAGACCUGGGAGGUCGAGCAGAGCCAUCAAAGAGCUCUGUUGUGGCAAAGUUACACCCGCAGCAACCAGAGCGACUAAUAAUGGCUGUCCCGGCUUCACAUCAGCUUACUCAAAAUCAGAAUGGCUCCCAACCUGCGAACGCGGCUGUGCUUCAGACAUAUGAUAUUCGUGCAAACUCUCAUAUCUCCCGUCAAGCUCUUGCACGAACCAAUGCGACCACUUUGAGUGUCAGCCCAGAGGGGUCCCAAAUCGUUGCACCUGACGUCAAGCACUUAGAUAUUGUGCAUGACGCUAAAUGGCUGGCUACAGUUGACUCCUGGGUCCCCCAUUCUCAAGAUAUCGAGGCACUGGACCGCAGCUCCCCGAAAUCGUCAGCUGUUCUUCGCCCCGAGAUUUUCCUGAAGUUCUGGAAGUGGGAUGCUUCAUCCGAUACAUGGGAGCUUGUUACGCGUAUUGACGGGCCUCAUUUCACCGAGGGCCAUCAAACAACCGUUCUUGGCCUAGCAUCCCGCCCCGGUGCUCACGAGUUUGUGACCCUUGGAUCGGACUCUGUUCUUCGUUUCUGGUGUCCCACUGCGAAAUACCGCAGCGGUUUGAAGGCUAAAGAUCAACCGGAGCAGAGUACCUGGAAGUGUCGAGGUUUUGUUGACCUGAAGGGAAGUUUAGAGAACGCCCAAGCUUCGCCUCUGGAUGCAGCUAGCAUGGACUUCUCGGAAGAUGGCUCAGUUUUGGCAGUCUGCCUGCCAUCGACCUCGGCUGCCAACGAUGGUCUUGUUCUUCUGAUUGACGCACGAAACUGUACUGUGCACUACCGACGAACUGGUGUUUUCCUAGGCAAUCCUUGCUCAACAAGCUUUUUGGGAAGCCAUUUGAUUGUUGCUUCUACCCACUCGGUGGCCGUUUGGAAUACCGUCGACGACGUUGUCAAGACCAUUCAGUCCUCCGAGUCUGUCGACUUGCCUGGUGCGGGUAAUUCACAGCUGAUUGCCGUGAAUGCGCGAACAAAAUCAUUGGCAAUUGCCACUCGUGGCUCAAAACGUGGCAAGAAUAGAUUCCAAAUCAAGAUCUAUGAUGUCCCGUCAUUUGAAGUGGUCUUCCAGGAGAAUCUCAAGAUCUCCCCAGUCGCGCUGCUCUCAGAUUCUUAUUCCGGUGACUACGUCGUCAUUGACAGUGCAGUGACAGUGCAGCGACUUGGCUGUAUGGACAAGACAUCACAAAAGAGCCAAAACAACCAGUCUCGUGAUGUCACUGGCCAAAUUGACAGCGGACUUGCGACACUCUUCAAUCGGGGGCAAGAAAGACUUCCUGCUCAGAACAACGAAGAACUCGAUUUGUCUGCCCAAGCCAAGGGAUUGGCCAGUGUCUUCGGUGACACUCCUGCUUUCUCUUUGCCCGCAAUCGGUGUUUUAUUCCGAAAUGUGGUUCAAACACUCGGCUCUACUUGA